GAGGAAGAAACUUAUGGAAACGGUAUAGAAUAUUACAGCAGAUCCAACCCUUACCGAGUACCAUUUGAAUAACAAGAUGUACCCAACAGAGAAAGAUUUGGGAGGGAAACGAAAACGUGAGGUUGAUGAAUAUAGAAUUGUCAAAGAAGAAAUGCAAGACGGUAGUAUACUUGAUGAUCGCCAAUGUAUGAAACUCCGAAAAAAGAGCAACGUCAAUUCAUUUCUAAUGCAUAUUCCAAACGAGAUUCUCGGCAAAAUACUUGAUGAGGUGAGCAGGAAGGAUUUAAUCCGGUUAUCGAGCACCAACCACGAACAUCGGGGGCUGGUGUAUAUGGAUCUUUUCAGAAACAUUCAUUUGAAAUGGAAGGAUAUAAAGCUGUUUCUGGAGAAUUUCAAACAGCUGGACUACGUACAACGGGUGAAAAUUCUCUGCGACCUUGAGAACGAGAAGGAGACUAACAACGGGGAAUGGAACGUCUCGUUCAGGAAGCUCUUUGAAGAAUGCAAGAAUCUGAGAGAAAUGCAUAUUGAGUUGAUCACCAGUGCGAGAUGCCUGAAGUACAAGGAUGAUUUUGAUGUUGAGCUUAGUAAUAAGGUCGAAAAGAUGACCCUUGUGAGCAAAAGCGUGUGCAACAGCGGGGAUGUCAAUGAUAAUGCGAUGUUUGAGUUGACACAGUUGCAGAGAUUCCACAAUAUACGACAGCUAACUUUGAAAGGGUUCAGCAUUGCCAAGGACAUCUACUUCUACCCGAAGAUAAAGGAGGAUAUGAGCGAUUACCGAAAACGAAGUCUCGACGGCAAGUUGAUCGAGUUGGACGAGGUCAAGCUGAUCAACUGUGCGUGGGAGUAUCCAGUCAAUUUGAAGGACGUUUUUUCGCCUGAGUAUCCGAUGCCGGGAAAUGGGAGUUUACUCUCGAGCAGCACCAGGAACAGACGGGGGGAUACUAAUUGCCGGCCGGUCAAGAUCGGACUCUACUUUAGCGGCGACUAUGUGAAGUUCACCGGAUGCGAGCGGUUCAAGAGCUUUAUUAACACUGAGUACAACGAGCGGUUUUUCUUUGAGAUUGAUUUCUAUAAGAACCUCAAGGAGUUGGAGGUUGUUGUUCUCAACGACAGGUACAAAGAGAACGGGUUCACGUGCUACUACCCGUGGCUCCACAUGAUCAACCUCCAGCGGGAGUACUACACCGAGGUGGCGCCAGAUAACGGUUGGAGUGGCCACGGUGCGCCGGUGGACAGCGCAAUGGUGAAGAGAAGCAUUCUCAGCAACCUCGAGAAGCUUGUGCUUGUUGGCUGGCGUAGUUCGUCCAUCCAGGAGCUUGACAAGUGUUUUGCCGCCAAGGACGGCAUUGAGAUGCACAUGCGUCACUUCGAACUCUAUCUCAUGAGGGGGAACAACUACGAGCGGAGCGGCAAGCCGCUUCUGGAGGAGGAAGUCCGCAAGAUCGACACCUACACACAGCGGCUGCGCAGCAUUUUCGGCCCCUGCUGCCACGUCAAGGUCGGGUACAUCGACGAAUGCAUGGACGAAAGGUACGACGACACUUUCGGAGAUGUAUUCCGUUUGUAAUUGUAGUAGCAGCAUUUCUAGAAACUCAUAAUACGCAUGAAACGCCCAAAAAGCAUCCCCGUGUUCCUGAAACGCCGGAGCAGGAAUGGAUAUCGGAAUCGAGACGGGCACUGUUACGUAAGCGAGCGCCCCGAAAAGUGUGGGGAAGCGGUCCACGGGAGAAAGGAGGGUCCAUGGAGGUCAUGAGCCAGGUUCUCUCCACGGCGUGUUGCGGCGGCG